GCAGGUGUCGCUGAAGUAAACUAUUUUGGUUUAUUCGCAUCGUUUGUAAUUUUUUGUAGGUAUUGAUGGCUGGCGGUAGAAGAAACUCGUCGAAAUCUGGUUGUUCGAAAGCACAACAUGUUGAAGAUAGGUCUUCUAACACUAAUGAAAGUGAAAAUCAAGUUUCAUCUCAGUUAUCUCAUCCAAAACAUGUUCCUCUUCCUGAUAUUCCUACAGACAGUGAAUUAUUAUUUGAAAUAGUUUCACUUUUAUUUGGUUCAAUAGCACUUGGUAGUCAAUAUUUGAAUUUAUAUAGAACAGUAUGGUGGCUUCCUCAUUCUCAUACAGAAUAUGCAUUGAAUUUUUAUUUGAUAAACCCUCAUGAAGUUUUAUUCUGUAUAAUUUUAAUUGGGAGGCGUCUUCAAUUGAGUCUUUUUAAAAAGUUUUGUUUCAAAUGUUUACCAACAUCGCUUCAAGUGACGGGCUUGCAGAUCAGUCGGAUAUUUGUCAUUUCAACUGAAAUUCCGUUUAUUUUAUGGUGUUCCUAUUACAUAUUACUACAGCAUGGAACUUUAAGUGUAUUCUGUUUAGGUUAUCCAGUAAUUGUUUAUUUAAUUCUGUUUGGUCCCACUAUUCUUCCUUUAUUUGAAUUGCAAUCAUCCUCUCAAGAACGAGCAAUGAGUCCUAAAAGUCGAGCUGCCUUGGCAAAGAGUGGCAUUUUACUUAUGAAUCAUGUUUGUUCUGUUUCUGCUGAAGUGAUUAGAGAGGAAGUUGAAAUGUUAAAAACAGAUUUCAAUGGACGAUUAAAACAAGUCUUGUUUAACUCUCUUUCUGUUGCGUAUUAUUGUGGAUUCGUUCCAUGUUGUUUUGUUCAGAACACACUUUAUUAUGAUCUCACUUGGGUAGCCCAGCAUGUAGGAUUUGUUUGGUUAAGCAGCUUUACCAUGUACAUUGUGUUUUGUUUUCCUCCACGUUAUUGUGAUACUUUACAUAGGGCAGCAUUACACUUAGGACGGUGGCAAAAAGUAGAGAUGAGAAACACAUUAAUUCCAUAUAAUGUAUGGUCAGAUUCCACAAUAUGGCAUCAAGGAGCUCUUGUUAAAUAUACUAAAGAACUGUUUCGAGCAGAAGGUAUUAGUAAUGCUGCUGAACCAGGCAAUUUAACUCAUACAAGAUUUUAUGCUAUUUUUAGCAAUCCAAUGGGAGCAUUAAGUAGUCUACUAGGUCUUCAAAUAACAUUGGUAGGAAUCCAGUUAGUGGUUUUGAUUCGAUCCUAUGAAUGGAACCACAUCAUAUCAAUUGCUCUGUUAUUACUUUUGAAUUUCUUGACACUUUUUAAAAUUGCAAGACAAUAUCUAGUUCUGGGCAAAAUAUAUCACAUAGAACAACUAUCUCAAGAAAGAGUUGGAGGAUAGAUUUUAAAAAUUUUAAGACUUGUAAAUAUUUAUACAGUAUUUAUUUUGAUUUCAUAACGUUUUUUAUG